AUGACCCCCGAGAAAACGGAAGCCGUCUUUUUCCAUGACGGCUCCGCCGGGGUCCCUCCUCAGGCCUCCAUCCUGGUGGACGAUACUCGAGUCCAGGUGGAGAAGGGCCGUGGGGGCUUCUCGUUCCACAUGACGCAAGUGCUCACCGGGCAUGCUUGCUUCGGGGAGCACCUACACGAAAGGACUGGACGGGAAGCCACUACAAGGUGCCAUCACUGUCCAAAGCCAAAGGACACGGCGCAACACACGCUGGAGUUUUGCCCAGCGUGGGCUGACGAGCGCCGUGCCCUCGUGGCAGUAGUGAGGGGCGACCUUUCCCUUCCCACAGUGGUCGAGCGAAUUUUAGAGAGCCCAGAAAAGUGGGACGCACUCGCCUCUUUCUGCAGCAAUGUAAUUGCGGCUGAAAAAGGCGGCUGA